GGCAACAUUAAUUCGUGUGUCGUCUUUCCAUUUUCAUAGAUUCCGUUUCUGCUUUUGUGCCGUAAAUAUUAAUUUAUUGUGUGAAAAUAUAAUUAUAAUCACAAAAUAAUUUACAAUAAAAAUGGCUCUUCACGUUCCCAAAGCACCCGGAGUACCUCAGAUGCUGAAAGAUGGAGCUCGGAUGUUAACAGGCUUAGAUGAAGCUGUAUUUAGUAAUAUAAACGCAUGUAAACAAUUUGCACAAAGUGUUCGUUCAGCUUACGGACCUAACGGCAUGAAUAAAAUGAUUAUCAAUCAUAUUGAGAAACAAUUUGUUACAAGUGAUGCCGGAACUAUUAUCAGAGAGCUCGACGUUGAGCAUCCCGCUGCAAAGUUAAUGGUAUUGGCAAGUCAAAUGCAAGACUCUGAAGUUGGUGAUGGUACCAACUUUGUCAUUGUUUUCUGUGGAGCAUUACUAGAAGCUGCAGAAGAGCUGUUAACAUUGGGGCUGAAACCCAGUGAAAUCGCAGAUGGAUAUGAAAGAGCUCUUGAUAAAUGUGUUGAAUUGCUGCCAGAACUGGUUUGCCAUGAAAUAAAAGACUACAAGAAUGUUGAUGCUGUUGUGACUGGAAUCAAACCAGCCAUUAUGUCAAAACAAUAUGGUAAUGAAGACUUUAUCGCCCAACUUGUAGCAAAGGCGUGUAUUGCCAUUCUACCAGAAAAAACUACAUUCAAUGUUGACAAUGUUCGCAUUUGUAAGAUACUGGGAGCUGGCCUUCAACAAUCUGAAGUUCUUUCUGGCAUGGUAUUCAAGCGUGAGGUAGAAGGAGAUGUCACAUCAGCCUCCAAAGCCAAAAUAGCUGUUUACUCAUGUCCCAUAGAUAUUACACAAACAGAGACCAAGGGCACAGUGCUUAUUAAGACAGCAGACGAACUUCUCAACUUUAGUCGCGGAGAGGAAUCACUUCUAGAGAAACAGAUAAAGGACAUUGCAGAUGCAGGAGUCAAGGUUGUCGUAGCUGGUGCUAAAUUCGGUGAUAUGGCUCUACAUUUCUUGAACAAGUAUGGGGUGAUGGCAGUUCGACUAAAUUCUAAAUUUGACUUGCGCCGUUUAGCAAAGACGGUCAAUGCCACAGUUCUUCCAAGAUUGACUACUCCAACAGCAGAAGAACAAGGUUAUUGUGAUUCAGUGCGAGUAGAUGAAGUGGGAGACACCAGAGUUGUAGCAUUUGUAAUGAAUGCUUCGGAAUCCAGAAUUUCAACAGUUGUUAUUCGUGGUUCCACUGACAACUAUAUGGAUGACAUAGAGAGAGCAAUUGAUGAUGGUGUCAACACAUUCAAAGCUAUUACAAGAGACGGAAGAUUCUUACCCGGAGCUGGAGCAACGGAGAUAGAAUUGGCACAGAAACUUCUGCAAUAUGCCGAUACACUACCAGGCCUUGAACAAUAUGCAGUCAGGAAGGUUGCAGUUGCACUUGAAAGUAUUCCGAGGGCAUUGGCUGACAAUUCUGGAGCUAAUGCAACUGAAGUUAUUAACAACUUGUACAAGGCACAUAAGGAUGGUAAACAAACCUAUGGAUAUGACAUUGAUUCAGACAGUGGUGAAGUUUGUGAUGCAAAACUCAAAGGAGUGUUAGAUGCAUUCCUCCUUAAGCAUUGGGGUAUCAAAUAUGCAGUUGGCGUGGCUACCACUAUUUUGAAAGUGAAUCAAAUUAUAAUGGCAAAGAGAGCUGGUGGACCCAAACCUAAACAACCAGCUGGCAGUGAUGAUGAAUCUUAAAUUUAGUAUCACAGCAUUUAUUUACUGACACACAUAUUAAUUGUCACUAAGAGACUCUUGCUGUAGAUUUUGUUAAAACAAAUCUACAGUAAAACUAUUGGAUGGCUCUAAGUGUGUGCAGUAAGAGCUUAAUGUAUUUUCUUUUCUUGAAACACAUUGUUUAAUGUAACUUUUAACCUUAAUAUAUGUUAAUUUAAACAGCUUUGCUUUAAUUGAAUUUAAUAUUAUGUUCUUUAGCUUAACUUUGGUUCAUGUCAUAAGACCUUUAAUA